AUGGGCUCUGUAAAGGCUCGGCUACUUGCCCCACAAUGCCGACCCUAUUACGUGCUGAUCAUAAGUGUUUUCACAGCGAUUUAUUUAGUGAUAACUGGGCUCGUGGUGGACAAUCGGUAUGAAAGCAAAUUACAAGGACCCACCAGCAGCACGAUGGACAAAACAGUAGGCGCGUUUGACAUUCUGGCAGUGAUUCUCCUGAUCGUCACGCUGGUGCUAAUUUUUAUGGCCAUAAUUCUCGAUCAAAAACGAAAGCUCGUGAAUCUCAUCUGUUUUGUGCUGCUAACUGUGACACUGGCCAUUACGCUUGGUACGACCUAUUCACUCCAGGCCAACACGCACACACCAAUUCCGGCGAUGCCUACACCGUUUUGUGCCAUCAUGGCAGCAAUGGUAGCAGUGUUCCUGUCGUUGAUGAUUUUGAUUCUACCGUGUUUGGAGGCCAGACAGUAAGGAAUCAAAAAGAAUGCAGACCCCUUGUGGACCGAUAUCCAACCCUUUCCAACACUUUAUAGGUGUACUGCUGGCAGCUCUGCAAGACCUGUCUGAACUUCCAAGAUCAAUCCCCUGCUGAAAGGCUGUUCAACACACACACACAGA